CAGUGUAGUAAUAGUGUACCACACUACCACGUAUGUAAUGUACCAUCAGAGUUCCAAAUCCAAACACUACCCAUCUGCAAUAUGUAUUCCGGCAACGCAUAUCCAUCUUUUUUAUCGACGAUUGAUCCGGAACAGCUCCAACUCAGCAUCGCCGCAGAUGAGCAGGCCUUCGGAGGAUCCAUCGCCAAUCCGAUGGCCACUAAUAUCCAUGGUCAGCCUCUGUGGUACGGGAAUUUCAGUAAUAUACGCAUGGACAGUCAUGCCACGAUGGACAUCGACAGUAGCGGUGGUCAACCACCUUCCAUCGGAGAUGUGAGGCAAAUGGUCGUUUCUGAACCCUCCGGCAGUAAUCAGAUGUCCAGCGAUGGACAACCACCGUCGGUCAAUGACUUAUGCAGACGAGAACCAUCUCAAAGUGAGGCAUCCUGCAACCGCUAUGAGGGUCCUGAUGAACAUGAAGUUCAGCAGGUUAUUAUAUCUGAAUUAAAUGAUGGGGUCUACAAGAGAGGAACAGUUGGAAGAUCCAAUUAUAUUGAUGCAUACGCUGGAAGGUUUGGAGUUCCACAAAUGGCUUUCAACUCCAUUAAUUCAACCAUAAACAAUGGUGGUUUAUUGAACAGUGGUGUUUGGGCUCCACCACAACGACCACAACCAAUUCAGCAAAUGCGGACGUAUAUAAGGGUCUACAAAAGAGGAGCUGUUGGAAGAUCAAUUGAUAUUACUUCAUAUUCAGGGUAUGAUGAGCUUAAACAAGAUCUUGCUCGAAGGUUUGGUAUCGAGGGUCAACUGGAUGAUCAACAGAGAAUUGGGUGGAAACUUGUGUAUGUGGAUCAUGAGAACGACGUUCUCCUUGUUGGGAAUGACCCUUGGGAAGAGUUUGUAAUCUGCGUAAAGUCCAUCAAAAUCUUAUCUCCUCAAGAAGUUCAGGAAAUGAGCUUGGAUGGUGAAUUUGGUGGGAAUAAUGUUGUUCCAAAUCAAGCUUGCAAUAGUCCGGUGGUGGAACAGUUUAAUGGUCGUCUAAUUAACUUCUUUUAACCUCUAGGAAGUUCUUCAGCCAUUGAUCCCGUGUUCCUAGUUUCUUGGAUAUAUUAGUACAAAAAUGCAUCAUCAUUAUCAUCAUCAUCAUCUAUUUGUACAAGUAAAUGCUUAGACUUGUUGCCCAUGAGUUGCAGUUAUUUUCAUUUAUAAAAGCCUUUACA